UAGAACGUCUAUAUACUGUUUGGUUUAAAAACAUUUUGAAAAGUUUUUUAAAAAAUUUUAGUUUCUGUUUCGAAACUAAAAAUUUUAAUUUCCGUCUCUAUAUACUUAAAGUUUGGUUGCUAUGUAGUUAUGCAGUAUAAAAAGAGGCUCAACAUAAAAUUAAUUAAGAAAAUCUUUUUUUUAGAAGCUCCAAACAAACUGGUUUAAUGAGAAUAGAAUGAUUGCAAACACAACUAUAAAUAUAUAUAUUUACUGUUGCAUACUUUAUACUUUUAAAGACCACACCGGCAAUCCAGAGAGGGUAAAAAUUUUAUCCGAUGCUUCACACUGUUUUAAUCAUACAAAUAAAACGUUGCAAUGGAGAAGUAUCAGAAAUUCUAUUAAAGCAUCAUUAUCUCAGAACCCUCCAGACUGUCAAAAUCACUACAAAGAUUUUAAAUGUUCCAAAGGUCCUUUACCCAAAUAUGUUUUUUAUAUCGUUUUUUGGGUCUUUUUAUUUUUGUUUGGCUUUGUUGGCAAUUUUUCUGUUCUAUUGUCAGUUGUACGAUCGUCUAUAUUAAAGAAAUCCAAGAUCAACUAUUUUAUAGUAUCUCUUGCGGCAAGUGAUUUAUCAGUUGCAUUGUUUAUUGUUCCAAUCAAAGUUAUUCAAGCAUACAACAACCUUGGAUUUUGCCAUAGUUUAAAUGCUUGCAAGUUUUAUAUUACGUUAGAUACCAUUUUAUUUGUUGCCUCUAUAACUAAUUUAUUUGCUAUUUCAGUUGAUCGAUUUGCUGCUCUUCGUUUUCCAAAUUAUUAUAACAACAAGAUAAAAUCUUGUCAAAAUAAAUUAUUUGUAGGAAGUAUUUGGUUAUAUGCAUUGUUUUGCGGAAUUCUAAUCAACUUUGAAUGGGGCUUUCUUUCUAAGGACUCUAUUGAAAUAUUACCUGAGACACAAGAGUGUAUUGCUAAAAAUAAGUAUUAUAUUGUUAUAUUAUAUAUUUUUGUUUACUACAUUCCAGCGGCAGUCAUGUUUGUUGCUUUUAUGCGUGUUCUUCAAAUCUCUCGAAAAAAUAUGAAAAAUACAAAAAAAUUUUCAAACAAAAAAUGCAGUUCAAAAUCAAGUUUGGUAAAGUAUUUCUCAAAAUUGUUUAAAAAACAAACUCUCCAACAAACUAAAGCAACAUAUUUGAAGACUGAUAAAAGUGAAGGAAUAGUUAGCGUAAAUUUAAUCGAAAUCUGUGAAAUCUCUGCAAAGUCAAAAUCUAACUUUACUUUGGAAAAAUAUAAGCAUAGUUACUUGUUCCGAAAAUUAACAAUAACCUUUAUGGCAAUGUACCUGCUAUUUUUAGUAUGUUGGACUCCAGUAAGCAUAUUGGCAAUUGGUCUAAGAUUGUACCCGUAUUGGUUUCAAGGAGUCAAUGCAGUGGUGUGGCCCCAUAUUAUAUUUGUUGACAUUUUACCGAUAUUAAGAUCAACAAUAAACCCGUUUAUUUAUGGUUUUACGAGUAGAGAAUGCCGUAAAACAUUUUGCACAUUACUAGCAAGCAUUUGUUUUUGUAUUUGCAAAAAAAGAAAGCAUAGCUCAUUCUCGUCAGAAAUUGAGUUAAAAACUGAGAGAAUAAGUGAGUUUAAAACAGAAAGAAAAAAUGAGUUUUAAACUUGCUUAAAACUUUUCAUAAAACUUUUUAAAAAACUUUUGAAUUUAUAAAGUUCAUAAUUUAUUUAUUUUUA